AUGGACAAAAAUGUAUUGUCAAUUCCAUUCAGACUGCAGUUGGCAACACCAAACUUAUCGCCACGUACAGAUGAGGUGAAUCACGUUUUAGAUGAGAUCAACAAUUCGCAAGAUAAAUGUUAUGAGGAGGUGACAGCUCAACUAGUGACAAAGGUGUCUACGUUGCAAACAACUAUUGAAUCACUACAGACAAGAGUCAUCCAAAUUGAGAGGGAUGCCAUCGACAAUAGAUCAAAGGAGAAAAAUUACACACUAAUGUCAUCACAGAUGGAGCAUCAAAAAAUCCACGCUCUUCAUGACACCAAUUCUGUUACCAAUGCACCUCGAUUACCUAUUGCGCAACCACCAAAAAUACAUGAGCGAAUAAAGUAUUUCGAAUUGCUUCAAACACACGGAGUGCACAACAGUCAGCACUCGUCGAACAGGGACAAUCUCAAGAACAAACUGUUUGUCAAAGUCGGGAUUCCCCACAAGCUAGAGUCCAAAGAUAAGUGGACAAACGCUCAACAGAACUUCACUUUCGACACAGAUGAGAGCAGGUUGAAUGAGCGCGAGGUGGUAGUAAAGACGGAGUUAUGCAAGUCGAAUUCCACAAAGAAUGACUCACACGUGGAACUAGAACUGGAUUCGGUGAGAAUUAAAGUCAAAAGACUGCAAUUGGAGGAGCUCUCCAUCUACGAGCCGCGAAUAAAACCAUUCCGGCAACGCAAGGGAUCUCGACGACAAAGAAACGUUGGUUGCAAAAGCCGCAUACGUGACAAACCGAAAAGGACCAAAAAGAUGCGAGUAGUUUCAACCGGGACUACUCAGUCGUCUAAUGGAGAUCAACCUUUCAAUUACAUGCUAUUUGUUUCACUUGUAAUUGCAGUUGUGUUCAUGGCGUUGGCACUACAGUACCCCAUUUGCCAUUUGUAUCGUUGCCAUUGCGUGUGUAAAUAA